AGCAUUGCAAGCAAAUUUUGCGCCUACCCACUUAAUAAUAAAAUAUACCGACCUUUUUUUAUCUACUCCUGAAGGUAGGUCCAUUUCAAUUGCUUCCAUCUUUCUCUAUCUUGAGUCAAUCUAAUCUUCUAUCUGCCUGCUACUAUCCUUAUGCCAUCUACCCAUCACAUUUGAGGUCUUCACAUGCUUCUAGUUGUCCUGCCUGGUCUCCAUUCAAGGACUCUUUGUGUCCACCUGUUAUCAUCAUAUCAGACUAUGCCCAGCGCCAAUUCAUUUUUGUAAUUUCUUCCACGAUAUCCCAGAUCUUCGUUCUACAUACAUCUUAUCUCGAUGUUUCUAAUCUUGUCUCUCAAUGAUAUUCCAAGCAUUUUUCGUUCCAUUACCCUUUGCCUGAAAACAUUUCUUUAUCAUCGUAUUAAUUUUAACUUUCUUAUAUUACAGUUUAACACUCAUUAGUGCAUAAGAAUUCCAAUCUUUUGGAGAAAUUAUGCCCACCAGUGAAGACGAAACAGACUACAACAGGUCUAGGGAAGCUCAAUCCACCAUGUCCAAAGCCGAGUUACGAAAGACCCAUAAACCGAUAAUGGAAAAAAGAAGAAGGGCUAGAAUAAACCACUGUCUCAAUGAAAUCAAGACACUUAUUUUAGAAGCCAUGAAUAAGGAUCCCGCCCGUCACACAAAAUUAGAAAAAGCCGAUAUUCUUGAAAUGGCUGUGAAACAUUUGCAAAACGUUCAGCGCCAACAGUUAGCAAUGGCUAUGGCUUCAGAUCCUUCAGUUUUGAGAAAGUUUAAAACCGGCUUCAAUGAAUGUGCGGCAGAAAUAGAUAAAUAUAUGAACCAGACAGAUGGUGUAGAUAACUCUAUGAAGUUAAGAGUAGUAAACCACCUUCAGAAAUGCAUUGGUGGUAUUGAACAGGUGGCGCAAUUUUCAUUUGGAGGAUUUAAUAAUCUCAAUUUAGUUUCUGCACCCACACCUCCCCAAAUUUCCAGUACAAACUCCGGUGAUCAAAAUAAUAAUCCGAGGAUACAAAUACCACAAGGCAUACAAUUGAUUCCGAGCAGAUUACCCAGUGGAGAGCUUGCUCUUCUUGUUCCAAACUCUAGAAACAUCAACUUUUUUCCUAACGGUCAGCGAUCGAGUGCCUUUGCUACUGUGAUACCUUCUUCAACAGAAGUGCCUAAACCUUUAAGUCCUCCUGUCAGUCCAAUGAGGCAGGAGGAUUUAAGACUUAGAUGUCGGUCACCUCAAGGUUUUAGACCUGUCGUUCCAACAACAAGAACGUUCAACGAUGAGCACCAAGUUCCCCAAAUAUCUUCUACAGCAACACAACCUCUUGAAUUGAAAAUCGUUAAGUACCCAAUUAGUAAAAAGAUUGAUUCUCCGAAGAAGAUUGCAGAGCCUCUGUGUAUAAUUACCAACCAAGGAGAACGGUACAGACAGGCUCAAAUGAAAGAAGAGUCUGCAAAUUACGAAGAAAACAUUAUGCAGGGCGUUAAACGUAAGUACCAUGAGGCUCACGGUUUGCUCACAGUCGCCAGCGAUAACAUCUUUCAACCACCUGCUCCCAAAAUAAUUAAAACGCAGCUGUUGACUCCAGAUUGUCAGCCUUCCUCUAGCUUUUCGGGGGAUACGGAUCCAAGAAGAGUUAAACAGGAGACCACUACUUCUAAAGACUCUUCCGAUUCUACUGAUAUGUGGAGACCUUGGUGAUAUGACUAUAAUUUGUCAUCUCUUUUAAAAUAUACUCUAAAACAUUUGAUUUUUAUAAUACUGAAUUGAUCUGAAGUGUUUCUUUAUGGCAUCUUGGUGUUUUAUUUCGAUAUUAACGUUAUGAAUCAAACACUUUAAAAGACCAAUUUUUCGACUGUAUUGUUUAAUAGAGAUCGUUUUGAGACUGAUAAUUCUUAUACAGGGUGUUUCAUUCAGAAUGUCCAAUCUCUGAGUUGUAGAUUCUAGACUUCAAAAUAUUAAGAUUUAAUCCAAAUCACUUAAAUAAAAUAUGGCUUCUUACUGAGUUACCGGGUGUUUUAUAUAAAAAUUGAAAAACUAUUUUUAACCAUUACUUUCAAACUAUUUGACGUAU